AUGGCGGCGGUGGAGGUGAGUGUGAGUAGCGGCAGUAGUGACACAUCUAGCACCGGCGAAGACGAGAGGAUGAGGCGAUUGUUUCAGACUUGUGACGGUGACGGUGAUGGAUACAUCAACAGGUAAAACUAUUUUUUAUCAACGACACGGUGGGGUUAGAAUUGAAGGCUACCAAAUGCAGAUUAACAGAUUUUUCAGACAUGUAUAUACGAGAUGGAAAUAUAAUAACUUGUUUAGCAAGCAAGCUAUGCUUUGCUCUAGUUUUGUAAUGUCAGCAAAUUGCCAGUGACUUCCAUAGUGAACAAGUUCUCGGAUUUUGUUUCGUGCACUUCGAACCAUGCUCAGUCUCGAAAACUGGCAACGGCAAACUAGCUAAAAACAGCUGCAUUGCCAUGGAAGUGUUGGCUUGAGUUUUUGAAAACAACUCAAAAUGUAAUAUGACGAUGGAAAUGUUGCAACAGUGAAUUUAGUUGAAACUAAGAAUGUAGCUAGCUAACUAAAAGCUGUACUCCAGACUAUCAUACUCAUAGACUAGUUCCAAACUAGAAGAACCUGUUGGCCAAUAGCAUGUUUCCUAUUAUGUGGGUAAUAUCAUAAUCAUAACCAUCCAGUUUGAACUUGUUACAAUAAAAUGGAUGGACAUAGUUUAUGUUCUAAUAGCUUAUGCACUGAGUCAUGUUGUUCAGAGUCAGAACUGCUUUCACACAUGUUCAUUGACGAGGCCUACUGCAUAUUAUAAAUAAACACCAACCCUCCAACUUAGAUCACAGCAACUGUAUUUGAUGCAGCAUCCAAAGACCUUUUACAUUUCAUGUUCAGGCUACAGCAAAGUGGCAUGAGCCAGGCAAGAUCAUAGAGAAGACUCCUGAGCACAGGGAACUGAAACAUUUGUCCAUACCUCGGGAAUAGGGAAUCUAGGCCUAUUCCUAUCCUAACAUAGUCUUGUGAGUGUGAGUUAUGGUGUCAGUAAGUUAUUCAGUUACAGUUUACACAGCGAUAUGAGUUAUAAUCACAGUGGUGGUCUGUAAUUAUAAAAUGCUUAUGAACUCUGAAGUGUUGAAUGUUCUUUCUUGGCUGUAAAGUAGGCAUGCUUCAGGCUAUAUACAGGCAGCGAGAGCGGUGAGGAAAAUUAAAACAUGCAGGAGAGGAGAGCUUAAGAGCAUUGGUUACUUUUGACUCAACUCAAACACAUCUGUUAUUUUUCAGUCAUCUCUUUUCAGUCAUCUCUUGAGAAGCCCAUGGUUUGCUUAGUCACUUGAGAUGCAUGUUUUAAUGUAUAUAUACUACCAGUCAAAAGUUUGGACACACCUACUCAUUCAAGGGUUUUUCUUUAUUUUUAAAAUGUUUUACAUUGUAGAAUAAUAGUGAAGACAUCAAAACUAUGAAAUAACAUAUAUGGAAUCAUGUAGUAACCAAAAAAGUGUUAAACAAAUCCAAAUAUAUUUUAUAUUUGAGGUUCUUCAAAUAGCCACCCUUUGCCUUGAUGACAGCUUUGCACGCUCUUGGCAUUCUCUCAACCAGCUUCACAUGGAAUGCUUUUCCAACAGUCUUAAAGGAGUUCCCACAUAUGCUGAGCACUUGUUGGCUGCUUUUCCUUCACUCUGCCGUCCGACUCAUCCCAAACCAUCUCAAUUGGGUUGAGGUCGGGGGAUUGUGGAGGCCAGGUCAUCUGAUGCAGCACUCCAUCACUCUCCUUCUUGGUCAAAUAGCCCUUACACAGCUUGGAGGUGUGUUGGGUCAUUGUCCUGUUGAAAAACAAAUUAUAGUCCCACUAAGCCCAAACCAGAUGGGAUGGCGUAUCGCUGCAGAAUGCUGUGGUAGCCAUGCUGGUUAAGUGUGCCUUGAAUUCUAAAUAAAUCACAGACAGUGUCACCAGCAAAGCACCCCCACACCAUAACACCUCCUCCUCCAAGCUUUACGGUGGGAACUACACAUGCGGAGAUCGGCCGUUCACCCACACUGCGUCUCACAAAGACAUGGCAGUUGGAACCAAAAAUCUCAAAUUUGGACUCCAGACCAAAGGACAGAUUACCACCCGAGUGGCGCAGUGGUCUAAGGCACUGCAUCGCAGUGCUAGCUGUGCCACUAGAGAUCCUGGUUCGAGUCCAGGCUCUGUCGCAGCCGGCCGCGACCGGGAGACCCAUGGGCGGCGCACAAUUGGUCCAGCGUCGUCCAAGGUAGGGGAGGGUUUGGCCGGCAGGGAUGUGGGUUCGUUUCCCACGGGGGGCCAGUAUAAAAAAACAAAAACAAAAAAACAACAACAACAAAAAAACACGUAUGCAUUCACUAACUGUAAGUCGCUCUGGAUAAGAGCGUCUGCUAAAUGACUAAAAUGUAAAUGUAAAAUGUCUAAUGUCCAUUGCUUGUGUUUCUUGGCCCAAGCAAGUCUCUUCUUCUUAUUGGUGUCCUUUAGUAGUGGUUUCUUUGCAGCAAUUCGACCAUGAAGGCCUGAUUUACACAGUCUCCUCUGAACAGUUGAUGUUGAGAUGUGUCUGUGACUUGAACUCUGUGAAGCAUUUAUUUGGGCUGCAAUUUCUGAGGCUGGUAACUCUAAUGAACUUAUCUUCUGCAGCAGAGGUAACUCUGGGUCUUCCUUUCCUGUGGCGGUCCUCAUGAGAGCCAGUUUCAUCAUAGUGCUUGAUGGUUUUUGCGACUGCACUUGAAGAAAUGUUCAAAGUUCUUGACAUUUUCCGUAUUGACUGACCUUCAUGUCUUAAAGUAAUGAUGGACUGUCAUCUCUCUUUGAUUAUUUGAGCUGUUCUUGCCAUAAUAUGGACUUGGUCUUUUACCAAAUAAGGCUAUCGUCUGUAUACCCCCCCUACCUUGUCACAACACAACUGAUUGGCUCAAACGUAUUAAGAAGGAAAGAAAUUCCACAACUUAACCUUUUAAGAAGGCAUACCUGUUAAUUGAAAUGCAUUCCAGGUGACUACCUCAUGAAGCCGGUUGAGAGAAUGCCAAGAGUGUGCAAAGCUUUCAAGGCAAAGGGUGGCUAUUUGAAGAAUCUCAAAUAUAAAAUAUAUUUGGAUUUGUUUGACACUUUUUUUGUUACUACAUGAUUAUUUCAUAGUUUUGAGGAUAACACAGUGCCACUGACGCGGCCCGCUCCCAAGGACUGUGGGCUCUCGUUCUCCGUGGCCGACGUGAGUAAGACAUUUAAGCGUGUUAACCCUCGCAAGGCUGCCGGCCAAGACGGCAUCCCUAGCCGCAUCCUCAGAGCAUGCGCAGACCAGCUGGCUGGAGUGUUUACGGACAUAUUCAAUCUCUCCCUAUCCCAGUCUGCUGUCCCCACUUGCUGCAAGAUGUCCACCAUUGUUCAUGUACCCAAGAAAGCAAAGGUAACUUAACUAAAUGACUAUCGCCUCGUAGCACUCGCUUCUGUCAUCAUGAAGUGCUUUGAGAGGCUAGUUAAGGAUCAUAUCACCUCUACCUUACCUGCCACCCUAGACCCACUUAAUUUGCAUACCGCCACAAUAGAUCCACAGACAAUGCAAUCGCCAUCGCACUGCGCACUGCCUUAUCCCGUCUGGACAAGAGGAAUACCUAUGUAAGAAUGCUGUUCAUUGACUAUAGCUCAGCCUUCAACACCAUAGUACCCGCCAAGCUCGGGGCCCUGGGUCUGAACCCCGCCCUGUGCAACUGGGUCCUGGACUUCCUGACGGGCCGCCCCCAGGUGGUGAAGGUAGGAAACAACACCUCCACUUCGCUGAUCCUCAACACUGGGGCCCCACAAGGGUGUGUGCUCAGCCCCCUCCUGUACUCCAUGUUCACCCAUGACUGCGUGGCCACGCACGCCUCCAACUCAAUCAUCAAGUUUGCAGACGACACAAUAGUAGUAGGCCUGAUUACCAACAAUGACGAGAUGGCCUACAGGGAGGAGGUGAGGGCCCUGGAGGAGUGGUGCCAGGAAAAUAACCUCUCCCUCAACGUCAUCAAAAUGAAGGAGCUGAUCGUGGACUUCAGGAAAAGCAGAGGGAGCACACCCGUAUCCACAUCGACGGGUCCGCAGUGGAGAAGGUGAAAAACGUCAAGUUCCUCGGCGUACACAUCACUGACAAUCUGAAAUGGUCCACCCACACAGACGGUGUGGUGAAGAAGGCGCAACAGUGCCUCUUCAACCUCAGGAGGCUGAAGAAAUUCGGCUUGGCCCCUAAGAACCUCACAAACUUUGACAGAUGCACAAUUGAGAGCAUCCUGUCGGGCUGUAUCACCGCCUGGUACGGCAACUGCACCACCCGCAACCGCAGGGCUCUCCAGAGCGUGGUGAGGUCUGCCAAUUGCAUCACCGGGGGCACACUGCCUGCCCUCCAGUACACCUACAGCACCUGAUGUCACAGGAAGGCCAUAAAGAUCAUCAAGGACAUCAACCACCCGAGCCACGGCCUGUUCACCCCGCGACCAUCUAGAAGGCGAGGUCAGUACAGGUGCAUCAAAGCUGGGACCGAGAGACUGAAAAACAGCUUCUAUCUCAAGGCCAUCAGACUGUUAAAUAGCUAUCACUAGCCGACUACCACCCGGUUACUCAACCCUGCACCUUAGAGGCUUCUGCCCUAUAUACAUAGACAUGUAAUCACUGGUCACUUUAGUAAUGGAACACUAGUCACUUUAAUAAUGUUUACAUACUGCUUUACUAAUUUCAUAUGUAUAUACUGUAUUCUAUUCUACUGUAUUUUAGUCAAUGCCACUCCGACAUUGCUCGUCCUAAUAUUUAUAUAUUUCUUAUUUAUUUUACUUUUAAAUUUGUGUGUAUUGUUGUGAAUUGUUAGAUACUACUGCACUGUUGGAGCUAGGAACACAAGCAUUUCGCUACACCCGCAAAAACAUCUGCUAAAUGUGUGAUGUGACCAAUACAAUUAGAUUUGAUAUAUUGCUCUAAUUGUAUUCCUUUCCACAUCAUCUAGGAAACCUAUUUGCCCCCUCCAAACCUGUCCUAAUAUUUAUUUAUUUUCACUCUUUUGAGAAUUGAAGACAAUUUCUCAGGCUGGUGCCCUGGCUAAUGUAUCAGAAAUUCAGCUUGGUACUGCAACUUGUACACCACUCUUCAAUUGAAAACCAUGUUCUUCUUCUCCAUGUCCUUCUCCUCCUGUCCCUCCAUAUCUCUUUCUCUCUCUCUCUGCCCUUUUACCUCUGCCUCUCUCUCUUCUUUUCUCUCUGCCUCUCCUUCACCAUGUCCCUCCUGAUUUCUCCCUGUUUCUUUGCCUAUCUCCAUACUUUUCCUCCUGCCUCUAUCUCCUUCCCUCUUCUUUUCCAUCUCCCUUUCCAUCCUUCUCUCCCUCUCUCCUGUUAGGAAUGACCUGCUGAUGGUGUGCAGACAGCUAAACAUGGAGGGGUCUGUGGCAGAGAUCAUGGGCCAGCUGGGAGCGGACGAGCGAGGCAAGAUCUCCUUUGAGGACUUCACCCGCUGCCGCAUGCAGCUGGUCAACGAGAUCCGAAAGGAAGAGGGCGAGAUCUCCCAACGCUCCCAGGACUCUGACACUAGGAAGCUCAGGGAACACAUCGCCUCCUGGCCAACCAGUAGCGAGAUUAGCCGUGGUGAGUUUGGGGAUAGCCUAUCAAGAUUAGGCAGAAUUGUGAGUUACAUUGUUAAACAAGAGACACAAUUAAUCACAGCUGCCUACAAGCAUAAAACCAACUAAGAACAGGCAACACCAAACAACUAAACCUAACACCCAACAUCCAACAACUAACUGCAAACAACCACUAACCCUUAUUACACAGUCAUUAUUAACCAUAAACAACUGACACCAAACCGCUAAGAUGAAACAACCAAAACAGAUCCUGCAUGACUGAGGCUAGGGUUUUUAGCUCUGUUGCUAAACCUUCAGUAACAUUUGUUUUUAAUUGGCCGUUCUAAAUAGGGGCCUCUGGAGCAUCAGCCAGUGCUCAUUAUUGUGGAAUGAAAGGAGAGCAUAAUGACCAGGCAUGUUUACCCCAUUUUAUAGUGACUAAUUCAAUCUACCUAACUCAGCCCACUUCACAUGUGCAUGAAACCACUUCAAAAGUAAUCCACAGAGAAUAAAGAAAAAACUGAAGUCUACUUGCAUAGGGAAGCAGUAAUGCAUGCAAACGUUUUUAGACUCUUGAGGUUCUCUUUAGGCAGAUCUGGUUGGGAGUGUCAAACCUUCACACUGCUUAUUAGUUAUGAGUUAUUACCUGUUAGCUAUCGAGUUAUAAUGUGUCCCCUAUGGGCCUUGUCAGGAGCCAGAGAGAGCUGGGAGUACUACUCUGGGGCCCGGGACCUUCAGAGUUCAGACAUCCAGCCUCAGCAGACACAGACCCAGCAGCAGCCAGCCAUCCUCCAGAAGCUCCUGGAACAGCCUGGGACUGUCCUAGAACAGCAGGCUGCCCUUCAUAAACUCCUGGCCCAGACCAGUGCCCGCUGUGCCCCCCUGGCAGGAAACUACCUGGAGCUGGCCAACACAGUGAGUAGACCGCUGUUGAUGCUGAUGAAUGCUGAGUGCAUACUGCAUAGUGCUGGUGGUAGCAUUUGA